AUGGCCGAGAUUGGUCAGGGCCCGAUAGGCAAAACCAAAGCCAGCGAUGAGGAAAACUACAACUCCAAAGUGCCAGUAGAAAUCACACAGGGAGGCCUUGCCAGCGUCACUGCUCCCCAUGAGUCCUAUGAGGGAUACCAUCGGUUUGACCCGUCCGCUACUUGGACCGCUAAAGAGGAGAAAGAUGUUGUGUUCAAGACGGACUUGAUGCUGUUGUCAUUCAUUUGUCUUAUGUUCUUUGGUCUCCAACUAGACCGUGGAAAUCUAUCGAAUGCCGUCACGGACAACUUCCUCGUUGAUUUGGGAAUGACAAGCAACGAUUACAACAAUGGUACGACUAUCCAAUUGCUCGCUUUCUUAUCGAUGGAAAUUCCGGUGCAGAUCCUCAUCAAGCGCUAUGGCUUCAAUCGAAUCCUUCCUUUCAUGAUGAUCGGCUGGAGCUUGGUGUCAUGGACGCAAGCCUGGAUCACAAAUCGUGCUACGUUUUACAUCACCCGCGCUUUGAUCGGCGCCUUUGAAGGUGGUUUCAUUCCAGGAACGAUUUUGUUUGCGACUUAUUUCUAUAAAACACGCGAACUCUCCGUGCGCCUGGCAUUCUUUUGGUCGACACUCAACGUUGCCCGCAUUAUCUCUUCCCUUCUCGCGGCAGGUAUUCUCAAGAUGCGAGGAGUCCAUGGACACACUGGCUGGUUCUGGUUGUUCCUGAUCGAAGGACUGCUCACCUUCCUGAUCGGCGUUGUGGCCUUGCUCUAUCUGCCCAAAUCUUCAACAAACACCAAAAGCGUUCUCGUCCGCACACCCUGGUACACGGAACGCCAGGAGGUUAUCAUGGUUAACCGUCUCCUCCGCGACGACCCCUCGAAGGGUCUCACUAAUAUUCAAGAAAGUGCCACUUUCAAAGACCUUCUCGAUGCCUGGAGUGACAAAUCGAUGUGGGGCCUCUACUUGGUCGGCCUCGUUGCAUACAUCCCGCAGGGCCCAGUCCAAGCCUACCUCUCUCUGACCCUCAAACGCCUUGGAUUCUCAACCUUUGAUUCAAACAUGCUUUCGAUCCCCUCGGCCGCGCUGCAGAUCAUCCUCAUGCUUGCCCUCUGUAAGAGCAGCGAGAUUUUCCAAGAGCGUACCUUCCACUGCCUCUUCGGCGAGCUGUGGUCUCUGCCUCUGCUGGCAGCAUUGAUCGCCCUGCCAAACGGCGGCUACAACUGGCCACGCUUCACGAUCACCACCCUGAUCUCAGGAUACCCGUAUUUCCACCCGAUCGUGUCGGCAUGGAUCUCCGAGAACACAUUCGAUGUCAAGAAGAGAGCCCUCACCGCAGCGACGUAUAAUGUUAUCGUGCAGAUUGGAUCUGUGAUCUCGUCCCAAAUCUACCGUAAAAACGACUCUCCAUACUAUCAUACCGGAAACAAAAUCCUCAUUUCGUUAUGUGCGUUAUCGCUAGUUAUCUUCAUCAUCCAGCGUGAGUUCCUACGCUAUUUGAACCGCCAAAAGGAGACGAAGUGGAAUGCUAUGUCACUCGAGGAGCAAGAGUUGUACCAAGCCGAUCAAGUCGCCAGAGAAAAGGAGGGCAACAAACGGCUAGACUUCCGCUUUUCGUACUAG